UCUUGCAGAAGAAAGGUCAGAAUUUUUCGAUAAAGUCAGUAAAGUUUUAAAACAUGGCAUCCCCUUAAAGUGAACAAUCUUCAUGCGCAACGUUGCUCGACGCUGCUUCGUCGAGUAAUGUGCAUGUAUGUCGGGCAUACAUACGUGAAAGGCCGCAACGUGUAUUCGUAAAUUACGAGCGCGGGGCCAUUGUCCGUCAAUCUUGGUUGUGUAACUAGUUUACCUUUGAAAUUAAUGUCUGAGAUAAUGAGGAUGCGAGCGAGAGAGUGCGAUGAAGGACGGCAAUCGGCCGGCCGCGACUCGCAUUCUCAGUCCGGCGUACUUUUCCCUACCCACCAUGUGCCAUCUGGCCCGGCUUGCCCGUGACACGACCGACCUCUCCUCGACGAUCUGCUGUCUGAUCGUUCUCGUUUCGUUAUGUGAAACAAAAAUGUGCACUCUGAUCCCAUACGCCUGCACAACCGCGAGCAUGGAUAACAUUUUCGCAGAUGCGGACUCGGAUCGUUCACCGGCACCGGUGUCGAUGUCCGUGUUCGAGGAGAUGGAGAGCCGGCUGUCCAGCCUCGAGCGAAGGCUACGAGCGGUCGAGCAACCAGUUUGGCAGAUCAGCCCGAAAGCGGAGGAUUGGGAGGUCUGCGCUGAGGGACCAUGCAAGUGUGUGCCGGAAAUGAAGUCGGUAUCCUGCUGGAGACACGGUCUGCUGGAUCUCCCGCCAACGCAGUUGGUGCCGGUCGACGUGCUGAGACUGGAUCUCGGAAGUAAUCGGCUCAGCGCUCUGCACAGGGACACGUUUAGGAACAUGACGCGUUUGCAUCAUCUAGACCUGAGCAACAACCUGAUCGAGCAUUUAUCGCCGAAUCUGUUACUGCCGUUGCACGGUGUAGCGAACGUUCGGCUGAGCAACAAUCUCCUAAAAGAAAUCCAGCGGAAUCAGUUCUUCGGACUGAGAAAUCUUCGAAUACUCGAUUUGUCGUCGAACAGACUUCGGACUUUGCCGGAAGGCUUGUUUCUGAGCAACAGCCUCUUGGCUUUAUUGGAUCUCUCCUCCAAUCGCAUCUCGUCCUUAUCUUUCGACGCAUUUCGCGGUCUCGGUAAUCUCGAGGAAUUGCUGCUGGGUAAAAACCGACUGUCCGUCUUACCUGUCCUGAUUUUUAAGGACACAAUCAACCUCAGGCGUCUUGCGCUCGAGGAAAACCGCCUGAAGGAGUUACCGAAUAAUUUAUUCCACGAUUUGACAUCGCUCAGAGAGUUAGACAUGAGGGGCAACCGAUUGACGGAGAUACCUAAGGGAACGCUAUCGCACCUCGUUAAACUGGAGAUCCUGGAAAUGUCAAGCAAUAGAAUAUCCCGUAUCGACGCAAGAGCCUUUCGUGAUAUGAUAACGCUUCGAGAAUUGCGAUUAGGACACAAUCACAUAAAAUACUUACCACAUGGAUUAUUCAGCAACUCCAUCUCCUUGGAACGUCUUAUUCUGUACGGAAAUCGCAUAGAAAUUCUGGCAAGAGGCGUUCUUCAUGGUUUGUUCAAUCUCACUUCUCUCUUCUUGCAAUCCAAUCGACUAAGGCUGCUGCAAUCGGGAGUCUUUAAUGAUACGCCGAAUUUGCAUAAACUGCAACUGGAGUCGAACGAGCUGUCUUUCUUGCCGGCCGGCAGCAUGGAUGCUGUACCUACGAUUCCUCAAGUGUACCUGAAUCGCAACCCCUGGCACUGCGACUGUCGUGCCUUGUACAUCGCUUCCUGGCUACGUUGGAGAUUCGCCAGAUUCGCGAAUCUGACGAUUCCCUUGCAGAUUCAUCAGGCAUUGAUCGCGACGGGCAAUUGGAGCAUCUGGGAGUACGGAGCCGGAGCGAUCUGCAGAGGUCCGGGUGUGUUGGGUGGCCAGCCUCUACUGCGACUGACCUUUCACGAGCUCUGCGAGGGUCAGUGGGCCUCCAUGAAGGGUAUCGUGCCUCGACUACCUCUCGACGUUAUAACUCCGUCCGUCAAGCCGCAGGUGGCCAGAAAAGAUACAGUUUUGGUGUAGAGAGGAUGAAAUAUCACAUAUGGCGUCGUCUAUCUCAACGUCAAGUAAUAGAUAAAUGCUUAUGAAGCAACGUCCAAAAUUAUAUCUUUCUUUCAGUGCCAAUAAUAAUAAUUAGUUGGUCUUUCAAACAAAUAAUUAUGAUUCUUUCUUCUCAUUAUCGCGAAAAAUGUAGCAAGCACAAGAUACGUAUUUAUAGUUUACUUCGCGUUGCUUCCGUGUGAUAACGCGACUUACAUCAUCCUCGCGAUUACAUUAUAACUUAAGAUAAUCUAAAAAUGCGUCGUUAAUUUGCCAAGUGUCAAGUAAAAAUGUAAUUUUUGAAAACACUUCAAUCGAUAUAGUCUUUCAAGCGUGCUAUCGCUCGUCGCUUCCAAGGUUUGUGUCUGUCAUUUAUUAAUUAUUAUUACGUAAGCUUAUCAGAUAGGAUCGACUUAGGGAUAGAUAGUUGAUAGAUAGAGUCAAGCGUCGCGAGCGUAAUUGAUGUCA